AUGAUUGAUUUAAAAUUGGAUUUAGAGAAGCGGUUGAAACAAAUGACAAGCGAUGAGACCGUCGAUGGACUCAAAGAGAAUGCAGUCUUUGAUUAUUUGGACACAAUUUUGGACAAUAAACUCGUUUCGGUUCAAGACUUUGGCCGCGACAUGGAUUGGCUGAAUGUGGGAACAAGUGUUUCAUUGGACCGGCAUUUGCGCGGAUUGAUUGUGAUAAUGGAUUUCUUCACCUAUUGUUGUGUCAAUUGUUUGCAUAUUUUGCCCAAAUUGUCGGCAAUAGAGUCCGAGUUUGAGUCGGAAUCAGUUGCGGUGAUUGGCGUCCAUUCGCCCAAAUUUGUUAAUGAAAAAGACAUCAAUAAUGUCUGCGACGCUCUUCUCAAGUAUAACAUCACUCAUCCGGUGGUCAACGACCCGACGGCUAAGAUAUGGUCGGCUCUCGACGUGCAGUGUUGGCCGACUGUAAUGAUUUUGGGACCAAAUGCUCAGAUUUUGUUCACAUUAGUCGGCGAAACAGGUGUUGACGAAUGGCUUCACUUCUAUAUCCAAAUCGGAUUUAGCGACGGGUCUUUUACUGACGCCCGUUUCAAUGGUCCGAAUGGUGUCGUCUGGNGUGCCUCAGAAGAUCAGCAAUUAAUAGCUAUAUCUAACCCUAAAUAUCAUAAUAUAAUCAUUUCGACAAUAAAUGGCGUAAUUCUGCAUAUAAUCGGUGGAAAUGAGAGCGGAUUUAGCGACGGGUCUUUUACUGACGCCCGUUUCAAUGGUCCGAAUGGUGUCGUCUGGAGAGGCAAUGAUAUAGUGUUUGUCGCCGACACUGAAAAUCACUCGAUUAGAGAGAUUAAUCUUAACGAUAAAAUGGUUAAAACAAUUGCUGGAAACGGGAAACUAACUAAUGAUUUGAUUGGCGGCCGAUUUGGUUGCGAACAGGGGUUAAACUCUCCGUGGGAUGUGUGCUGUGCCGACAAUUGCCUGUUCAUAGCGAUGGCCGGUUGUCAUCAGAUAUGGGUUCUUAUACUCGACGACAACAUUAAACUAUUGGACAAAAUCUACUCAAAGGGUUGUUGUAUUAGUUUUGCGGGAAACGGUGCCGAAGAGAAUCGUAAUAAUAGAUAUCCACAUAAAGCGAGUUUUGCUCAGCCGUCGGGUCUAGCGAUGGAUCCAAAGAACGGACUCAUUUAUGUGGCCGACAGUGAGAGCUCUUCUGUCAGAUGUGUAGACAUAAAAAGUGGUUGUGUUUCGGGUAUUGUUGGCGGCGAUAGGAAUCCGCAAAAUUUGUUUGCCUUCGGAGAUAGAGAUGGAAAGGGAGUUGAAUGUCGUCUACAACACUGUCUGGGAAUUGUUUUGGACCAUAAAAAUCAAUGCCUAUUCGUCGCCGACAGCUAUAAUCACAAGAUUAAGAAAAUAGAUUUAUUGACCAAAUCAUGCAUUACUAUCGCCGGCACUGGUCUUAAUGGCAAUCAAACCGAUUGUAAAGCAUUUGAAUGUAGUUUUAAUGAACCGAAUGGUUUGUGUCUAAUAGACGACUCCAAGAGACUCAUAAUUACAGACACUAAUAAUCAUUGCCUUAAAAUUUUGGAGAAACCUAUAAACUCACAGAAGAAGCAAAACAAUCCAUACGUUUUCAAAAUCCAGAUUAAGAAAAUAGAUUUAUCGACCAAAUCAUGCAUUACUAUCGCCGGCACUGGUCUUAAUGGCAAUCAAACCGAUUGUAAAGCAUUUGAAUGUAGUUUUAAUGAACCGAACGAAAUGAUUACUUUAGCAAAAGUGAGCGAAGAUAUCAAGAAUUUAGUUAAAAUUGAGAGUAAGGAGAAUGAAACGGAUGUUUGA